AGGUCUGUCUUUAUGGGAAAAGGGACCAGUUUCAUCUGAUUCCUAAAUACAAGACUAGUACUAGCAAUUAAGAGCUUCUAUAAAACCUCAUUCAAAACCCUUCGACAAUUUACUUAAGUUUCAUUUUCUUCCAAACCAGAUUUGUGAGAUUGUGAGAGAAAUGGCUCCCAUGGCACAGCUUUCUGAGAUUCAAGUGGAGCAAUUUGUGUUUCCACCAACAAUGACACCACCAAGCUCAACGGAAUCGCUCUUUCUUGGCGGUGCAGGUGUGAGGGGAUUGCAGAUCCAAGACAGAUUCAUCAAAUUUACUGCAAUUGGUGUUUAUUUAGCAGAAGAGGCUAUUCCUUCCCUGUCUCCUAAAUGGAAAUCCAAAUCUCCGGAAGAGUUGAACGAUGAUGUCGAGUUCUUCAUGGAUAUUGUUACAGGUCCCUUCGAGAAAUUUGUGAAAAUCACAAUGAUCUUGCCUUUGACUGGUGAUCAGUAUGCGGAAAAGGUGACGGAGAACUGUGUUGAAUACUUGAAAUCAAAAGAUAUGUACACAGAUGCAGAAGCCAAGGCAGUGGAAAGGUUCAUCGAGAUUUUCAAGAAUGAAAUGUUUCCACCUGCCUCGUCCAUCCUGUUCACUAUUUCACCUGCCGGAAGUUUAACGGUUGGAUUCUCAAAAGACACUUCCAUUCCUGAAGCUAGAAAUGCUGUUAUAGAGAACAAGGCAUUGUCAGAGGCGAUUCUUGAAUCGAUCAUUGGCAAGAAUGGUGUUUCUCCUGCAGCCAAGCAAAGUCUUGCAGAGCGCAUUUCUGAACUGCUCAAGGGAUAUGAAAACAAACCUGACGAUUCUGCUGCAGCAAAAACUGAGGAAGAGACUACAAAAGCAUAGAGAGGGAGGGUGAGAGAUUGAGUGUGUUCCCUUUGCUUCGUACUUACUGUCCAGUGUUCUGGUCAUAUGAAUAAAGAAUCUUCUUUCCUCAUGUAUAUCGUUCCAAUUAAACAAACUCAAAAGUCUUAAAGAUA